UGGAUCUGCUAAACAAACGUAGAUUAAAUCGAGGUUUCUUCUGCGGAGAAAAUUAAGACAGAAACCAAACAAACCCUUACCAAAUACACACACUCCAGCGUAUUUUUCUCUGUAAAAAUCCUUCCUUUUUAACUGAAAACCCACCAUCGCCACUGUCAUUCAUUCGGAAUUGCGCUCGUAAAGGUUGGGUUUACAAAAUGGCAGCAACAUAUGCAUCCACUUUUUCCGUUAAAUCUACUUCAUCUGCUGGUCCAAGAAUCAGCCCGAUGCAGCGGAAGCCUUUCAGCAGCAUCAAUUUGAGCCCAAAAUCAUCCUUUUUGGGCAGUCAAAGUCAAAGCAGCCUUCUCGUCUCUCACAAUACAAAAGCCCCAAAAUCUAGCCAGAGAUCUUACAGUUACAUGCCGCCCCACGCAUCUUACAAAGUGGCUGUUCUCGGAGCAGGCGGCGGCAUAGGCCAGCCGCUAUCCCUUCUGAUCAAAAUGUCCCCACUCGUCUCCGCACUGAACCUCUACGACAUAGCCAACGUGAAGGGAGUUGCCGCCGACCUCAGCCACUGCAACACCCCCUCCGUGGUGGUGGACUUCACCGGAGCCGCCCAACUGGCCGACUGCCUGAAAGGCGUCGAUGUCGUCGUCAUUCCAGCUGGCGUGCCGAGGAAGCCCGGAAUGACACGUGACGAUCUCUUCAACAUCAAUGCAGGCAUAGUGAAAAACCUGGUCGAGGCUGUGGCGGAUAACUGCCCCGAAGCAUUUGUCCACAUCAUCAGCAACCCGGUCAACUCAACCGUACCGAUCGCAGCCGAGGUUUUGAAGCGAAAGGGGGUUUAUAACCCCAAGAAGCUCUUCGGUGUGACCACACUCGAUGUAGUGAGGGCGAACACAUUCGUCGCCGAUAAGAAGAAUCUCAAGCUUAUUGACGUGGAUGUUCCGGUUAUCGGUGGCCAUGCGGGAAUCACCAUUUUGCCCCUGCUGUCGAAGACGAAGCCGGAGGUUUCUUUCUCUGAGAAGGAGGUGCACGAGCUUACGGUGAGGAUUCAGAACGCGGGGACUGAGGUUGUGGAGGCGAAGGCCGGGGCCGGGUCCGCCACUCUUUCGAUGGCUUAUGCUGCUGCGAGAUUUGUCGAGUCCUCACUGCGUGCGCUUGAUGGUGACAGCGAUGUUUACGAGUGUGCUUAUGUUCAGUCGGAUUUGACGGAGCUUCCGUUUUUUGCAUCGAGGGUUAAAUUGGGUAGGAAUGGAGUUGAGGCGGUUAUUUCAAACGAGAUUGAAGGGUUGAGCGAGUAUGAAGAGAAGGCUUUGGAAGCUCUCAAGGAGGAGCUCAAGGCUAGUAUCGACAAAGGUGUCGCUUUUGUGAACAAGCAAACGGUUGCUGCGUAAUUUCUUUUCUUUAUUUUUUUCAAGUGAAGCGUUCUUUGAUGAGAAAUAAUGUAGUGCGGCCCGUUAACGUAUCGGAUUUCCAGUUUUGUUGUACCGAACAGGGAUCCUUCGUUUUCUGUGUAGUAGAAGUUGUGGGAAUUAUUCAGUUCUAGAAGUUUGGCAUUAAACGCGCAGGGGCAAUGUAUUUGUUCGAAUUGGUGGUUUUAUUCUUAUAUACGUAUAAAAUGCUCGUGUUUUUUUUUU